GGAUUUCCCCAGGGAAGAAGCAGCGGUUGUGGUCAGUGUUCUUCGUCCCCUAUACACUACCGGCAACCAUGGCGACUCAAAUGAGCAAAAAGAGAAAGUUUGUAGCUGAUGGCGUGUUCUUCGCUGAGUUGAACGAGGUCCUUACCAGGGAACUCGCGGAGGACGGCUACUCUGGCGUUGAAGUUAGGGUUACGCCUAUGCGAACGGAGAUCAUAAUCAGGGCCACCCGUACCCAAAACGUUCUCGGUGAGAAGGGCAGGCGAAUAAGGGAGCUGACAUCUCUUGUUCAGAAGCGUUUUAAGUUCCCUGAAAACAGCGUGGAGCUUUAUGCUGAAAGAGUCAACAACAGAGGGCUAUGUGCCAUUGCUCAGGCCGAGUCUCUGCGUUACAAGCUUCUCGGAGGGCUUGCUGUCCGCAGGGCUUGCUAUGGUGUUCUGAGAUUUGUUAUGGAGAAUGGAGCAAAGGGGUGUGAGGUGAUUGUUAGUGGAAAGCUUAGAGCUCAGCGUGCGAAAUCCAUGAAGUUCAAGGAUGGGUACAUGGUAUCAUCUGGUCAACCUGUCAAGGAGUAUAUCGACUCUGCUGUGAGGCACGUCCUUCUUAGACAGGGUGUUCUUGGUAUCAAGGUUAAAAUCAUGCUCGACUGGGAUCCUACGGGCAAGCUUGGCCCGAAGACGCCUUUACCCGAUAACGUCAUAAUUCACAUGCCUAAGGACGAUGUUGUCGUGCUCCCACCCAAAGAAGUCGAGGAAUAUAGGCCACCACUUGUGGUUGCCGAUGAGCCUUUGCCCAUGCCAAUGGCAGUACCCGUCUAAAACAAGAUUAGUAGAAAAUCUAUGUGAUGGCUAGACUUCCAAGUUAUGGAAGAUAAAUUUUUCUGUCUGUUGAGUUUGCUUGGACAAGCUUUUUUGUUUUUGGAAUCUGGACUGCUGUUGAGAUCAUGAAAUUUAUGUUUAUUACCAAAAUUAUUUGUUUCAUUGGAACUUGUAGUUUUUGAACUCUGGUAAUUACUGAUGGUUUUGAACUUGUGUCUA